AUGGCUGAACAAGCUUUCAUGGAUGGACUAAGUGAGGUAAAAGAAGCCUGUUACCUCUCAGAUAUCGUAGUGAGAAGUGCGGAUAGCUUUUCCCCUGGGAUAAAGGCUCACAAGCUCAUCUUACGAGCAAGAUCGACUGUGGUGAAAGGAAUGUUGGCAAGUGGUGAGGAGUCGCUCACUGUUCCAGAUAUGAAUUUUGAAGAGCUGGAUACAUUUUUGAGCUUCUUAUACACGAGAACUGGUACUAUUCCUCAGGGUCUUCUUGAAAAGCACAGCAAGUCCCUCUACAAGGCUGGAGUUACAUAUGACAUCCCUCAUCUCUGUGACAUCGCUGCAGCAGAAAUUAUACGCUCUAUGAAGCUGGAUCAUUCAGAGUGUCUCAGUAUCUUAUCUUUGAACCAAAGGUUGCUGAAUGGCACAACUUAUACAGAAAACACUCUUCACUACAAAAAGAUCCAAGGAGCUGCUUUGGAUGUUGGGGUUCAAUAUCUACUUAUGAGGCUUGAAUCGGGAUCUCUUCUAGACCUUGUCAAGACUGAGCCUGAACUGGUACUGAAGAUUAUGUGUUGGUAUAUCAAAAAUGUAAGUCCUGAGUAG